AUGGCGUCUGUAAAUCCCAUCAGCAACCUUUCUUCAAGAUGGCGAUUAUUUGUUGGACAGAGACAGCAAAUCGGACUGCUCGUGCUGAUACUGCAUGUUGUUAACGUGGUAAGUGGGCAGAUCCGCUAUUCUAUACCAGAGGAGACGAAUAAGGGUUCUGUCAUCGGUAACGUUGCACAAGAUCUAGGUCUGGAUCUAAAGCGGCUCCGCUCAGGGCGGGCCCGCAUCGUAACCGGAGAACGCGUUCACUACACCGAGCUGAAAGCAGACAAAGGGAUUCUGGUCGUGAAUGAGAGGAUCGACCGAGAGCAGCUCUGUGGAGACGUGGAGCCAUGCAGCUUCAGCUUUGAACUAAUUCUAGAGAACCCGAUGGAGCUGCACCGAAUCACCGUUGAGGUUUUGGAUAUUAAUGAUCACGCACCCGUCUUUCCUAACAAAGACAAACCGAUCCAAUUCGAAGUGAGUGAGUCAGCUGCAAUUGGUGUAAAAUUCCCUCUGCAGACAGCGAAAGAUCUGGAUGUCAACCAAAACGCCCUGCAAGAUUACAUCUUAUCACAAAACGAUCAUUUCAUACUGAAGCAAAAUUCGAAUCAGGACGGAAGUAAAACUGUAGAAAUGAUACUUCAGAGGCCUUUAGACAGAGAGCAGAUUCCUCAUUUGUCUUUGAAACUGGUCGCAGUAGACGGAGGAACGCCGCAGAGAUCUGGUUCAGUAAACAUAGAUGUGACCGUGCUGGAUGCAAAUGAUAAUGUACCGGUUUUUAACCAGACGCUUUACAGAGCAGCUGUGCUGGAAAACACAGCCAAAGGCGCUAUUCUUAUCACGGUAAAUGCGACGGAUGCUGACACUGGAUCAAACGGUCAAAUUACGUAUUCUCUGUCAAAUAUGAAAGGCAGUGCUGAGGACAUUUUCAGUAUUGAUAAGGACAGGGGAGACAUCUAUGUUUCAGGUGGAAUAGAUUUUGAGAAAUUAAGAAAGUUCGAACUUAGGGUAGAGGCAAAAGACCAAGGGGGUUUAAUUGGGACAAGUAAAGUUAUAAUUGAUGUCCAUGAUGUCAACGAUAAUGCCCCAGUCAUAAACGUGAUGUCAUUUUCCAACCCUUUGUGGGAAGAUGCUCCUGCUGGAACAACCAUCGCUAUUUUAAACAUAAAAGAUGCAGAUUCUGAUCAAAACAGUCAGAUUAAAUGUUCUGUAGACAGAAAGCUUCCAUUUAGAAUCGAGUCAUCUCUAACAAACUAUUAUAAUUUGAUUUCAGAUGAACAGUUAGACAGAGAGACAGUAUCGGAAUUUAACAUAACAGUAACUGCCACUGAUUUUGGGUCUCCCCCUCUGUCUACUUCAACACAAUUACAUCUUAAAAUAUCCGACGUGAAUGACAACGCACCAGUUUUUAGCCAAAGCAGCUACACUGCAUAUGUAACAGAGAAUAAUCUACUUGGAGUUUCAAUACAUUUAGUCACAGCACGAGAUUCUGACUGGAAUCAGAAUGCAAGGAUUUCUUAUAUUUUAGAAGACACGCAGGUUGGUGGGAGUCCAGUUUCUACGUUUGUGGCUCUAAACUCUGAAACUGGAGUUCUUAGUUCAGUUCGCUCUUUUGAUUAUGAACAAAUCAAACAGCUUGAACUUGUAGUCAAAGCGCAGGAUGGAGGCUCUCCUCCUCUCAGCAGCAACGUGACUGUGAAAAUACUGAUCCAGGACCAGAACGAUAACCCCCCUCAGGUCCUGUACCCGGUCCAGACUGGAGGCUCCGUGGUGGCUGAGAUGGUGCCUCGUUCAGCAGAAGUGGGCUAUCUGGUGACUAAAGUGGUGGCUGUUGAUGUGGACUCUGGACAGAACGCCUGGCUCUCCUAUAAACUGCAGAAAGCCACAGACAGGGCGCUGUUUGAAGUGGGCUUACAGAAUGGAGAAAUCAGAACUAUCCGUCAAGUGACUGAUAAAGAUGCUGUGAAACAAAGACUGACUGUUAUAGUGGAGGACAACGGCCAGCCCUCUCGUUCAGCUACAGUCAUUGUUAACGUGGCGGUGGCGGACAGCUUCCCUGAAGUGCUGUCGGAGUUCACUGACUCUACACACGACAAGGAGUACAAUGACAACCUGACUUUUUACUUAGUCUUGGCUCUGGCUGUUUCCUUCCUCUUCAUCACCUGUUUAGUGGUUAUCAUCUCAGUGAAAAUCUACAGAUGGAGACAGUCUCGCGUCCUGUAUCACUCCAGCCUCCCUGUCAUUCCAUAUUAUCCACCACGUUACUCAGACACGCUGGGGACAGGAACUCUCCAACAUGUGUACAACUACGAGGUGUGCAGGACCACUGACUUCAGAAAGAGUGACUGUAAGUUCGGCAGAGCAGCUAGUCAGAACGUGUUGGUAAUGGACCCCAGUUCUACAGGAACCAUGCAGAGGAUGCAGGGUGAGAAGAGCAUCCUGGAUGAGCCUGACUCUCCUUUGGAGGUUAGUUUAAAUACAUUUUAUAAACUUUUUUUCUUGCUUAGUGUAAAGACAAAUUGUCUGCCUGGAAUUAUUUAUUACUCAGAAACUAUGAAUAUUUCAUGA